AUGGAAUGGUUGCGACUUAUGCAAGGUCGAUAUGUUUUGUAUACAAGGGUGUUUAUCUUCAUCAAAAUAAUAACAGUACAAAGAAAAUUAUUCUAUUCUUAGCUAGUAUUGAUGAAGGAGACAAGAUAGGGUUUUGUUUACUCUCUACAGUCGAUGAAGAAUGCGAUGAUGCGAAAGUAUCUUAAGAUGAAGAAGAUCAUGACCGGUGUUGUAGUGACUGAGGUCAAUCAGCAUGCACUUGGUAACCA